CGAAUAUUCUGUAUUUCAUUUUACGGUUUUGGCGGCUGCAAAAAACGUUUCUCACGAAGCAUUUUCUAAUUUGAAGGAAAAGAUACCGCCAUGGGUAAAAGUUCAAGAAGUGCUUCAAACUAUCAACAACAAUGACUCGGUAUAUAAGGAAAUUAGUAUAUCGAUCACUGAAAUUAUAAAACCAGUUGUGGAGCAUAUCGACUUUAAAAGGAUUAAUGCAAAGAUUCUUUCAAAAAUAAUUGAGCCAUUGAAUAUUGUUCCGUCCAGUAAAAUUGCAGAUUCUUAUCGGUCAUUAGCCUGUUUGGAAGCUCCACCAACAUCAUUUUACGGAAUCCCUCUCUUUAUGUGGGAUCAAAAUUGCUAUGUCCAG